CGGAAGCUAGGUACCAGUCAGUUAGUGUCUACACCAUGGCGAAGGUAGUGCUUUCCGUUUUUCUGCUGGUUGGCAUCAUUGUAGGGUGCUACGGACAGACGGACACCGUUCUGCGUAACGUAGUGCAGGGUGAAUAUCCGUCGGUCGUUUUUGUGAGCACUCCCCGUCAUCAGGAAUGCAUUGGUGUAGUGAUCAAUGCAAACCACGUUCUGGCAUCAGGCCUCUGUGUUAUGACCGCUGGACAAACUCGCGUAUAUCCGGCCCGCUUGGUACAGGUAAUUGCAGGAGAUCUGUCUGCUACGCAUCCGGCAAAUACUCGCCAAACUCGCACUGCUGAGCACAUCUUCGUCCACGAGCACUAUCGUGUGCAUUCAGGUGACUACAACGUCGCCAUUAUACGCCUUGCUGAACCCUUCCACCUACCGAGCAAUGCGAUCGAGGAGGCUCAUAUUCGAAUGCGCAUCGUACCACAGGGUCAUCAAUGUGAUGUGCUGAGAGUGCCAACUGCAGGCUCCAGAAUCCUGCAAGCAUACAAUGUGAUCAUCCGUAAUCGUAACUUUUGUGACAGUUGUUGCUUGGAAAUAUUUAGAGAGGAGGCAAACAUAUGCAGCGAGAGCAUAACGGAUCCAGCCCUUACACUCCUGCAGGGUGAUGCGAUGUUUUGCGACGGAGAGUUGACGGCAAUAGGAGCUUUGACAGUGUUGGAUGGUGACAAUAGCAGAAGAUUUCACUUUCUUCAACUUCGAUUCGUAACUCACUGGAUACAUGAGCAGCUCAAUCGUACCCAACCGAUGGCAGUAGGAUGGAAUCCACAUGAGUUUUAAACAGUGCGUCUUCAAUGAAGCGUUUGACACAUAUCUAUAACUGUUGAAUAAAGCAUUCGUAGAACACACAGAA